GUGUCUUUCUCCAGGCUUUGGUGGGUCGAGGGGCCCCUCAUCCUAGAGCGGCCGCCUUUUCCCGCGCGAGCCACCUCUGCGGCUUGGGCCACCAGCGGGGAAACAUGGCGUCCGCCCUGGAGCAGUUCGUGAACAGUGUCCGACAGCUCUCAGCUCAAGGGCAAAUGACUCAGCUCUGUGAGUUGAUCAACAAGAGUGGAGAACUCCUUGCGAAGAACUUGUCUCACUUGGACACUGUGCUUGGGGCUCUAGAUGUUCAGGAACACUCCUUGGGUGUCCUUGCUGUUCUGUUUGUGAAGUUUUCAAUGCCCAGUGUUCCUGACUUUGAAACACUAUUCUCACAGGUUCAGCUUUUCAUUAGUACUUGUAAUGGCGAGCACAUUCGAUAUGCAACAGAUACGUUUGCUGGGCUUUGCCAUCAGCUAACAAAUGCACUUGUGGAAAGAAAACAGCCCCUUCGAGGAAUUGGCAUCCUUAAGCAAGCCAUCGACAAGAUGCAGAUGAAUACAAACCAGCUGACCUCAGUACAUGCCGAUCUCUGCCAGCUUUGUUUACUAGCAAAGUGCUUUAAACCUGCCCUUCCAUAUCUUGAUGUGGAUAUGAUGGACAUCUGUAAAGAGAAUGGAGCUUAUGAUGCAAAACACUUUCUGUGCUACUAUUAUUAUGGAGGGAUGAUCUAUACGGGGCUGAAGAACUUUGAAAGAGCACUCUACUUUUAUGAGCAGGCCAUUACUACUCCCGCCAUGGCAGUCAGCCAUAUCAUGUUGGAAUCCUAUAAAAAGUAUAUUUUAGUGUCUUUGAUAUUACUUGGCAAAGUACAGCAGCUGCCUAAAUACACGUCUCAAAUUGUGGGUAGAUUUAUUAAGCCGCUCAGCAACGCGUACCAUGAGUUAGCACAAGUUUACUCAACCAAUAACCCAUCUGAGCUCCGGAACCUGGUGAACAAGCACAGUGAAACUUUUACUCGAGACAACAACAUGGGCCUGGUGAAGCAGUGCCUGUCAUCUCUCUAUAAAAAGAACAUUCAGAGGCUAACAAAGACCUUUUUAACACUAUCAUUACAAGAUAUGGCAAGUCGUGUACAAUUGUCUGGACCUCAGGAGGCAGAAAAAUACGUUCUCCACAUGAUAGAAGAUGGGGAAAUUUUUGCAAGUAUCAAUCAAAAGGAUGGUAUGGUCAGUUUCCAUGAUAAUCCUGAAAAAUAUAAUAACCCAGCCAUGCUUCAUAACAUUGAUCAAGAGAUGCUGAAGUGCAUAGAGCUGGAUGAGCGGCUGAAGGCCAUGGACCAGGAGAUCACGGUGAAUCCCCAGUUUGUUCAAAAGAGUAUGGGCUCACAAGAAGAUGAUUCAGGAAACAAGCCCUCCAGUUACUCUUGAAACUAACGCCCAUCCUGAGUUAACAGAAUUGUCACCUUGGCCUGGCGAGUGUGAAGAGGGCAGCAGGAAGUACCAUGCCAGUCCCACGCCGGUUCCACCUGGACAUUCAGAAAUUCAGUUUUAACAUCUUCAGCCCUAUUGCUUUCAGAAAACCAGUCUGCAAAGAAAGAAAAAAAAAAUCAAACGUUAGCGUCUGUUGUGGAUUUAUUUAUCCUCAGAUUAUUGUUAUUACAUUAAAGUUACUUUUUUGUUCUAAUCCCUUGAAUGUUAUAAUAUGUGCUCUCUAUCAGUCCCCGUCCCCCCCCCCCUGCAAAGGGUUUGGUUUGGUUAUGGUUUUUUGUUUCUGUUUUCAAGAUAGGUUUCUCUGUAGCUUUGGGACCUGCUGGAACUUGCUGUGUAGAUCAUGCUGGCCUCGAACUCAGAGAUCUACCUGCCUCUGCCUCCUGAGUGCUGGGAUUAAAGGCGUGCAACACCACAGCCUGGCUUUGGUUUUGGUUUUUCAAGACAGGGUUUUUCUAUGUAGCCACCCUGGCUCUCUUGGAACUCGCUCUGUAGACCAGGCUGGCCUCAAACUCAAAGAUCCGUCUGCCUCUUGAGUGCUGGGAUUAAGGGCGUGUGCUACCAUAGCCCAGCUACUGCAAUGGAGAAGACAGUCACAGCCUUCCUUUGGCCUCCACACGCAUGCAUGUAGGCACACACGUGCAACACACGUAUUUUAGAAACAGUUUCUCAGACUGGUGAUGGCUCAGCAGAUAGCACCUGUUUGUGUAGCCUGACAGCUUGAAUUUAGUUCCUUGAUUUUAAUCCCCACAUAAAGUGGGGAGAAUGAUUCCAGAAUUGUCCUCGACCUCCACAUGAGCACUGCGGUAGGAAUGAUACAUUGUGAGUAGAAAUAAUCGGUUGGGAAAGUGAGUGAGAGCUGUACUAAACAUUAGAAUUUCCUGUGUUUGGGUGGCAGUGGCUUGGGAACUGUGAGAUGCUGUGUUGGUUCUUCAGCCUUCUACCCCUGGUGUGCCAUCUUGAGGCUUUCUCCCUUUUAUAAUUUUUUUUAAAUUACAUUUUAUUUUGUAUGUAUAUGUAAUUGGGAGAGUUAUUCUCCUACCUUGUGGGUUCUGGGAAAUGAACUCAGAUUGUUGAUAGCCAGUGCCUUUACCCACGGAAUCAUUCAAAUAGCCCCUUUUCUUCUUGGAACAUCUUCAGGAACUCUACAGAGAUGUUUGGAUUUUGUUCCUAGCCCCAUUACACCUUGUCUAGAAGUCACUGAGCUAGCCCUCUACAAGAUGGAGAGUGCUGGGGAAGUGUGGUCAUAUUAAAGCACAGUAAAUUUGCUCUUUAGAGGGUAAGAGCAAGCAAAAGGACCUAAGCUUAAAUACCCAGCUUCCGUGUAAAAAGCUGGACAACACUGUGUGUUCCUUAAGCACAGCAAAGACAGGUGCUUCCCCCAGAGCUCCUGGCCAACCAGCCUGGCCAAAGUAGUGAACUGUGGUUCAGCAGAAGCCCUCAGGUGAGGUAGAAAGCAACGGAGAAGACAGUCACAGCCUUCCUUUGGCCUCCACGCAUGCAUGUAGGCACACACGUGCAACACACGUAUUUUAGAAACAGUUUCUCAGACUGGUGAUGGCUCAGCAGAUAGCACCUGUUUGUGUAGCCUGACAGCUUGAAUUUAGUUCCUUGAUUUUAAUCCCCACAUAAAGUGGGAAGAAUGAUUCCAGUAUUGUCCUCGACCUCCACAUGAGCACUGCGGUAGGAACAUGACUACACAUGCCAUACAACAAUGCAUUCUUUAAAAUAUAUACCAUAUUGGUCUAUAAAUGUUAGUUCUUUUGAUUUGUACAGGGGUAAUAAUAUUAAGUAUUAUAUACAUUUGAUUAUAGAAAAGUUUUCUCUAAAUAAAGAAAAAGUACAAUACCAGACACAGAAAGACAAUUAUCACAUAUACUCACUCAUAGGUGGUUUUUAAAUAUAAAGAAAACCAGCCCACAAACCACAGACCCAGAGAACUUAGACAACAGUGAGGACACUAAGAUUCACAUAGAUCUAAUCUACAUGGGAAGUAGAAAAAGACAAGAUCUCCUGAGUAAAUUGGGAGCAUGGGGACCUU